GCAAUUGCUAUUUUAGGUGACACAAAAAGCUUGCCUUCUGACCAACUCGCACGGCUAAGCCAUCGCAGGCCUUCACUCCUUCCUCGCUGCUUUACGAUACUGGUAGUUAUUCAUUUUAGCAUAUGAACAUGACAUGAUACACCUGUGCUUAAUUCCGGGCGAGCUCUAACUGCCCCUGGCUAGAACCGCAAGCUGGCCCUUUCAUAGAGGAGAAGGAAUAACUAGGUCAUUUCCCUUGCGUAGCAUAAAUAGACACUUGAAGAGGCGCUAAACGGAGGCGUCGCUUCGCGACGUCAAUCGACCUCAGCCGCCCAAUCUCGCCCAUCCGAGGCCUCGCGUUUGGCGCGCCAUGGCCACGCCUGAACUGUCCUCCUCUUCCGGCGCCGCUGCCUCCGGCAUGGCGACCAUGAGCCCCGACGAGGCGCGCGUGCGGGCCAUUGCGGAGCUGGUGUCGUUGCUGGUGUCGGGGGUGCGGGAGGGGCGCGAUGUGGACCUGAACGCGCUCAAGUGCGAGGUGAGUCGGCGCUACCGCCUGGCUCGCUCGCCCAAGCUGGUGGAGGUCAUCGCCGCGCUGCCCGAGGAGCACCGGGCGGCGCUGCUGCCGCGGCUGCGAGCCAAGCCCGUGCGCACGGCGUCAGGUAUCGCGGUGGUGGCAGUGAUGUCCAAGCCGCACCGCUGCCCGCACAUCGCCACCACCGGCAACAUCUGCAUCUACUGCCCGGGAGGCCCCGACAGCGACUUCGAGUACUCCACCCAGAGCUACACGGGGUACGAACCCACCUCCAUGCGGGCCAUCAGGGCGCGGUACGACCCGUACGUGCAGGCCCGAGGGCGAGUGGACCAGCUGCGCAAGCUGGGGCAUGUGGUGGACAAGGUUGAGUACAUCCUGAUGGGCGGCACCUUCAUGUCGCUGCCGCCCGACUACCGGGACUUCUUCGUGCGCAACCUGCACGACGCGCUGUCGGGGCAUGCAAGCAGCUGCGUGGGGGAGGCUGUCCGCUACAGCGAGGAGAGCCGCACCAAGUGCAUCGGCCUCACCAUCGAGACGCGCCCCGACUACUGCGCGCGCCCCCACCUGGCCGACAUGCUGUCGUACGGCUGCACCCGAUUGGAGCUGGGGCUGCAGAGCAUCUACGAGGACGUGGCGCGGGACACCAACCGGGGGCACACGAUUGAGGCGGUGAAGGGGUGCUUCGAGGGGGCCAAGGAUGCGGGGUUCAAGGUUGUAGUCCACAUGAUGCCCGACCUGCCCGGGGUGGGCUGGGAGCGAGACAUCGAGUGCUUCAGAGAGUUCUUCGAAAACCCGGACUUCCGAACGGACGGACUCAAGCUCUACCCCACACUGGUCAUUCGAGGUACGGGACUGUACGAGCUCUGGAAGCGAGGACUGUACCGCAACUACCCGCCCGACAGGCUGGUGGACCUGGUAGCUCGCGUGCUGGCGCUGGUGCCGCCCUGGGUCCGCGUGUACCGCAUCCAGCGGGACAUCCCCAUGCCGCUGGUGACGGCGGGGGUGGAGAAGGGCAAUCUGCGGGAGCUGGCGCUGGCUCGCAUGGCGGCACUGGGGCUGAGGUGCAGGGACGUGCGCACCCGCGAGGUGGGCAUCCAGGAGCUGCACGGCGGCGGGGCGGUGCGGCCGCAGCAGGUGGAGCUGGUACGGCGGGACUAUGCGGCCAACGGGGGCUGGGAGACGUUCCUGGCGUACGAGGACCCCAGCCAGGAUAUCCUGGUUGGCUUGCUGCGACUGCGUAAGCUGGCAGGCCCCGACUCCAGCCGCCAGCCGCAGCUGACCGGCGCCGUGUCCAUGGUGCGGGAGCUGCAUGUGUACGGCACCGCGGUGGCCGUACACGCACGGGACGCCAACAACCACCAACACCAGGGCUACGGCAGCCUGCUGAUGGCGGAGGCGGAGCGCAUCGCCCGCAACGAGCACCGCAGCACCAAGAUCGCGGUGAUCAGCGGGGUGGGCACCCGCCACUACUACCGCAAGCUGGGGUACGAGCUGGAGGGGCCGUACAUGGUGAAGAAGCUGGGGGCGCCGUCGGUUGGGG